GAUAAUAGUGUAAUAAUUUAAUAAUUCUUAAAGUGAAUCAUAAAACUACUAUUUAACAAAUUGAGAUGCUUGACAUCUGUUAUUUACCUCAAGACCGUAAUAGUGAUAACAAAUAUUCUACAAUGUAUCAAAUAUUUAAUAAAACAGGGCAAUCGCGGGUGUCUCUUCUUGAUCGUCCAUUAUUUUUGAUAGUGACCGUUGGAUUUAUUUGGUCUUUAAUUUCAAUAAAUGAUGCGUCUGUUAUCGAUACUACACGGAAUAAUGUGGUGUCAAAUAAAUGCACGAGUACCGCAUGUUCUGUAGAACGUUUGGAAACCGCCGCACGAAUCAUAAGAUACCGAGAUAAUACUAUAAAUCCUUGUGAUAAUUUUUACCGAUUCGCUUGCGGUAAUUACAAAAAAACUGAUAAAUCUAAUGAUUAUGGUCACCUUAUAUCACAAAAAAAUGAUCACCUUGAAAAGCUGAUCCAAAAAGGAAUCUCUUCCGACUUUAAACCUUACAAACUUAUCGAUGAUAUUUACAAAACAUGUAUGAGCAAAGAGGCUAGGGGACGACAAGGUUUAGAUUUUAUGAAGAGAAUCAUUAAGACUUUAGGAAACUGGCCGAUUUUGGAAGGCAACAGAUGGAAGGAAUCUGAAUUCAACUGGAUCGAUUUUACUAGCAAUGCUAAAAAAGCCGGUUAUAAUAUAAAUUAUUUCUUAGAUUGGCAACCUUUAUAUACGAACCGAAAUGAAAAAAGGACUUUACAAUAUUCUGUUAGAAUGGCUCACUCCUAUUUCGAUUACUCAAUGGGAACUAAAUCUACAAUGAAUAAACAAAUGUACGCAGACUAUAUGCUUAGAAUAGCACGAUCUCUUGGUGCAAAUAUUGGGGACACUAUACAAGAAUUGAAGGAAGCAUUUCAAUUUGAAAAUAAAUUAUAUGAAAUUAUAUCUGGAGAUAAUUCGUGUCAUAAGAAUAACAAUGACAUUGAUGAUGAUAUUAGCAUUGAAGAGUUACAGAAGCAAUGGCCGAGUAUCGAUUGGAACAGAUUUAUUGAUAAAACCCUAAUUCCUUUUGUGGACAAUAACGAAAAGCCUAUUUUAACUGUAUGGAAUUCUACAGCUUUAACAGAGUUCGUAAAGCUCAUGGACAAAACUCCGAAACGUGUACAAGCGAAUUACGCCAUUUGGAAAAUAGUUCAAUACUCAGUUCCUUAUUUGACUGAAGAAUUUAGGGAAGCGCAACAAAUGUUCCAUAAAUUAGUAGGUUAUGUUGGCAUCCCAGCUGAUGAUGACUGUCUAGAAACAGUUAAAUAUUAUACAAAAUAUGCCCUUCUUAAUUUAUAUUUAGACCAAUUCAAAAGUAGUCGAGAGACUGUAAAACAAAUGAUAAUGGCUCUCAAGGAUCAAAUGGUUAAAAUGAUAAAAGAAUCUAAAACAUUAAGUGAUGAAGCUAAAAAUAAAGGAAUAGAAAUUAUCGAGGAGAUGUCAUUCACUAUUGGACCGUCCAAUAAAUUGUCUGACCCGAAAGAACUUAAAAAAUUCUACGCGGAUGCCCAAGUCGUUAAGGAAAAUAUGUUGCAGACGCUUUUGAACUUGAAUAUAUUUAAAAUUAAAAAAGAAUUUAGUAUCAAAGUACUAUCAGAAAUAAACCCACAUGAUAUGAAUAAGUUAAGUAGGCUGGGAAUUCCAGAUGAUCUUAAUGGGCAUUUACAUAUACCAGCGACUAUGAUACCUAGUCCCUUGUUUAACAAUGAUCGUCCGAUGUACAUGAAUUUCGGUUCAAGUGGAUCAUAUAUAGCUUUUAAUUUUGCCUCAGCAGUAUCUCAUGUCGGAAGAAAUCAGACAGUUGGAAAAGAAUUCGUAGAUAAACAACUCGAUUGUUUCCGUCAUCAAUAUGAUGAUUUAACCGAUGAACCAAAGAAGAAAAAUAUACUUCGCAAUAGACCCGAAGAAGAUAUGAUUACUCAGUACAUCGGAUUCCGUACUUCUUGGGCGGCUUACCAGGAUUACGUAACCAGAUUGGGAACAGAACCGACUCUUGAAGGAUUGUCUUAUACCCAGGAGCAAUUAUUCUGGAUAUCUUUCGCACAAUCAUUUUGUUCCGAGUACUCAAAUGUGAAUGAACCGCGCAAUCUUUAUAACAAUCAGCUUAAUAUUCUUGAGUACAAAAUGAUGAAAUUAUUUUCGAAUAUACCUGAAAUUUCAGCUGAUUUUCAGUGUCCCGUUGGUUCUAAUAUGAAUCAGGAACCCAAAUGUACCUGGUGGUAGUUAAUAUAAUUUAAUCAAAUAUUAAGAUAACUGAAAGUGGAUUUUAGAGUUUUAUGUUUACUAAAUAUUGUUUUUUGACCGGUAUUCCAUCAAAAAAUUUUAAAAGAUCAAGAUAAUAAUAAUUGUUUGAAGAAGUGGCGUAAGAUCUUAUUAAAAUACAUAUUAUACUGUAUAAUUUUGUAUAAAUUAUAUGAAAAUAUACGAAUAGAAUAUUAUCCA